AUGUCGCGACGCCUGGCGGAGGAGGGAGAGGCGUUAACAUUUUCACCCGCCUGGCCGCACGCGUGGGAGCCGCUGUGGUGCCGUGGGGCGCCGCCGCACAGAGGCUGCUAUCCUGUUGCAGGCGGGGGUGCGGCUAUGGCCAGGCAGGCCGGCACCGAGAGGGUAUCUGCCUCCGCGCCUGCUUCUCAUCACUGCGUGACAGCUGAGCUUUUCUGCAUUGAUGUUGUGGAGCUGAAGGGUCACCUUUCUGUAACUUUUAUGGAUAAUGGGGCAGGAAUGACUCCUUGCAAACUCUACUGCGUGCUCAGCUUUGGUUUCAUGGAGAAGACUGUGAAAAGAGACCACCCAUCCACUGGAUUGUAUGGCUUCAAGUCUGGCUCCAUGUGGCUGGGGAAGGAUGCCAUCAUCUUCAUCAAGACUGGAGGGGCUCUCAGCAUGGGGCUGCUUCCCCAGACUGACAAGGACCGUGUCUGUACUGAGACAGUGAUUAUCCCACUGGUGUCGUUCAGCCAGCGAAACAAGAAAAUGAUUGUUCCUGAAGACUCUGUGCCUAGCCUGGAGGCAGUUCUGGAGCGUACCCUCUUUAACACCAGGGAGGAGCUGCUGGCACAGUUCAAUGCCGUUCCACGCAACAAGGGCACGUGCGUCCUCAUCUGGAACAUUUUCAGAAAUAAAGACGGGAAGCAGGAUCUGGAUUUUGGUGCAGACAAGCAUGAUAUUCAGAUAGCAGACUUCGUUGCAGACAACAGAGAGAUUCCCAGAAGAAAGGUUCUGCACUCUCAGAAGAUGAUUCCAGAGUUUCCUGGAUGGCAAAUGGGGUACUCAUUACGGGCAUACUGCAGUGUCUUGUACCUGAAGCCUUGCAUGCAGAUCAUCCUGCAACAGAAGAAGGUGAACGCUUAG